UCCAAACUGAAUUUUAAAAUUUCAUAAAAUAUAUAGAAAACAUGUUUGAUUGAUAGUAUUAUAAUGUCUUUUAUACAAUAAGAAUACGAUCUUUAAAAAGACGUCAUUUUCUUGUUGAAUAAAGCAUAAUCCAUUGGUAAAUUACAAAAGAUACAAAAAAAUCUUCAAUCGUGCGUAUGAUAUACGAUCAUAGUAAUUUUUCCACAUUGAUAUUUUUUUUACGUCACACAAAUUUUUAGAAAGUGGUUUAAUUUUUUGAAACGUGACAAUUUAAAUGAAUGCAUACAGAUUUAAUCAUUUAUUCUCAAAGUUGUAAGCUUUUGAUACUCUCUUUUAAAUAACCGUUUGCGAAAUCGCCUUCACAUUAAUUGCGUUACUUCGCGAAUUCUAGUUUAUACAAUACCGUAAAACAGUCAUGUAGCGUUGAUGGUCAAGAGGGGUCAAAAUCAGAUUUGUUCCUAGGACCCCAUACCGCGAUUAGUAUCCUUCGCGUGUGGAUCGUCAAUUUAAAAAUCAUUGUUUUUUAAAAGUUCGUUUAAUUCAAAAACUUACUCAAAUGUACAUCGAACGUGAAGUAGUGUUGAUUGUUAAAAAAAAGUUUACUAUUUAAUUCUUGGAACUGAGUUUCUUUUUGAAAUGGGAAUAAAAGAAUGCAAAAACUUCCACUCCUUCUGGAGUCGUUAGUGUAUAAGUGUUGUAUAGAAAUUAUGUCAUGCCGUACUAAAAAUUAAAAGCACUUUUACAAUUCAUUUAUCGCAUACAAGCUCGGCAAAAAUUUUGUCUGUCGAAUAAUUACAUACACCGAAAUUCGUAAUUGACGUACAGAAGUUAAUAAGUAUAUAAGUCAUAAAUCGCAAAUACCUCGAAAGCAGAAAAUGUCUUUGCCACAUACAUGUACAGAGUAUAAGUAUAGCAAGUCUUUAUUUUAUCAUUUACUCGCUAGUAAAUUUUUCACGUAGCCAAACAGAAAAGUAAUGUAAUCAGAAAGCAAAUAUUUACAUUAAUUAUUAGUUUACUUCCUUUCAAAAGAUUAAGCUCGCGAAUUUCUUUUUAACUCACUUUUCUCGCAAAGUCAGAAGGUGCACCUCUGGAAGUCGCCUCGUCAAUUUGAAAAAUGGUUCGGAACAUAGCAAUUGUAUUUUGUGUAAUUUUAUGCUCGACGGAAAUUUUCGCGACGUUCGAGCUAAUAAGACAAUUUUUGGAGAAUACUGAUACAAAUAUCACACGAGUGCGAACACAAGAAGAACGAAAGGCACGCUCAGAGGAAUUCGUAGUGCUUGACUUUAUUGGACUUGUUGAACAAUACGAAGGAUACACAGCAGAAGAGUAUGAUGUGAAAACAGACGAUGGAUACAUCUUGAAAUUGCACCAAAUUACCGGAAGCCCAUCAAGCCCUAAAGCUGCUGGAAAACCGGUAGUUUAUUUCCAACAUGGUCUUUUUGGAGAUUCGGACUUUCAAGUGGUUCUAGGAUCCAAACAAGCCCUUACAUUUUUAUUGGCGGAUGCGGGCUAUGAUGUUUGGUUAGGGAAUUGCCGAGGUACAACUUAUUCGAAACGUCAUGUCAAGUAUUCAGCUCGAGGAAAUAAUUUAAAAUUUUGGAAAUUCAGCAUGGACGAGAUGGCUCUCAUUGAUUUACCCAAAUUCAUUGAUGUAGUGUUAGAAAAAACUGGUCAAAAGAAUAUCGGGUAUUCCAUGGGAACGACAUUAGACUUUAUGCUUUUGUCUGAAAAGCCUGAGUAUAAUAAUAAGAUGAAUAUAGCCAUUCAUAUUGCUCCUGUUGCUUACUUUACACCUCCAUUCAAACCCCUUAUAAACACACUUUUAGCCCUUGCACCAGCAGCAGAGGCACUUUCUGCCGCAAAGCAAAUCUAUCAGGUACUUCCGCAGUCAAAACUUAUUCAAAUCGUAGGAACAGAUAUUUGCGGCAGUGAACUCGGAAAAAUAUUUUGUGGAACAUUUUUAAGCGCAGUUGUGAAUGUUCAAUACUUAAACUUCACUGCGCUUCCAGAAAUACUUGCUUACGUUCCUGCAGGUACAUCGCGCAACACGGUGAUGCAUUAUUACCAAAUGAUUAAAAAUGCAAGAUUCGCUAAAUUCGACUUUGGGUUAUUAGCUAAUCCGACAAAGUAUGGUUCCAUUAGACCACCAACUUAUGAUCUAUCAAAAAUUACAUUCCGGCAAGCUAUAUUUUAUUCCAAUUCGGACGUGUAUGUUAGCGUCACCGAUGCCACUAAAAUUAAGAACGAACUAAAAAAUGUGGUAGCGUUUGAAAAGGCUCCUAGGGGCUACAAUCAUUUGGACUUCAUGUGGGCUGAAGAUGCUACAUAUACUAUUUAUCCUCAAGUAUUAAAAGUUAUAGCAGAUAAUUCUUAAUUAAUUUCUGCAGUGAUUUUAGAUUAAUCGUGACUAUUUUAUAAGAAUAAUUUAUGUGAUUCGUUUGUUGUAUGUGAUAUUUUUUUCGAAGCUAUGUAUGAUUAUGGGAUAUUUUCUCAAAAUACAAUUAAACACCUUUUAUACAAUAAAAAUAAGAUAUUUGAAAAUUGUAA